CCUCCCCGGGGGGGCGGCGGCCGGGCCCAUGGAGGGGCUGCCCGUGGAGGUGCGGGGCUCCAACGGGGCCUUCUACAAGGGUUUCGUGAAAGAUGUGCACGAAGACUCGGUCACGAUAUCCUUCGAGAACAACUGGCAGCCAGAGCGGCAGAUCCCCUUCGGCGACGUACGGCUCCCCCCGCCCGCGGACUACAAUAAAGAGAUUACCGAAGGGGACGAAGUGGAGGUUUAUUCCCGAGCCAAUGAGCACGAGCCGUGCGGCUGGUGGCUGGCGAGGGUCCGGAUGAUGAAAGGAGAUUUUUACGUCAUCGAAUACGCAGCUUGCGAUGCCACCUACAACGAAAUCGUCACGCUGGAGCGGCUCCGGCCCGUCAACCCCAACAAAGUGGCCACCAAAUCCAGCUUCUUCAAAUACACCAUCGCCGUGCCGGAGGACCUCAAGGAAGCGUGCUCCAGCGAAAACGUGCAUAAAGAAUUCAAGAAGGCGGUGGGGGCCAACUGCAUCUUCCUGAGCGUGGCCAGCAGCGAGCUCUUCAUCCUGUCGACGAACGAAUCCACGGUAAAGCGGGCGUCGCUGCUGGGGGACAUGCACCUGCGCAGCAUCCGCACCAAGCUCAUGCUGAUGUCGCGGAACGAGGAAGCCAACAAACACUUGGAGCGCUCUUUCUCUCCCCAGACGAGUAAGCAGCUGGCCUCGGCGUUCCAGGAGGAGUUCACGGUCCGCGAAGACCUGAUGGGGCUGGCCAUCGGCACCCACGGCGCCAACAUCCAGCAGGCCCGGAAGGUGCCAGGCGUCACCGCCAUCGAGCUGGACGAGGAGACCUGCACCUUCCGCAUCUACGGGGAGACUCCGGAAGCGUGCAAGCAGGCCCGGAGCUACCUGGAGUUCUCUGAAGACUCCGUUCAAGUCCCGAGAAACCUGGUCGGGAAAGUGAUCGGCAAGAACGGCAAAGUGAUCCAGGAGAUCGUCGACAAGUCGGGAGUGGUGCGGGUGCGGGUGGAAGGGGACAAUGACAAGAAAAACCCCCGAGAGGAGGGAAUGGUCCCGUUCAUCUUCGUUGGCACGCGGGAGAACAUCAGCAACGCGCAGGCGCUCCUGGAAUAUCACCUCGCUUAUCUCCAGGAGGUGGAGCAGCUGCGGCUGGAGCGGCUGCAGAUCGACGAGCAGCUGCGGCAGAUCGGCAUGGGCUUCCGCCCCCUCUCCAGCCGGGCCGACAAGGAGCGGGGCGGCUACGCCACCGACGACAGCACCUCCUCCUCCCUCCACGGCACGCGGACGUACGGGGGCAGCUACGGCGGACGAGGCCGCGGGCGCCGGGGGCCCAACUCCGGCUACGGUACCAACUCAGACCUGUCCAACGCUUCAGAGACCGAGUCGGAGAAGAGGGACGACGGCGAGCGAGACCCGCGCCCCGAGGACAGCCGGAGGCGCCCGGGGUUGGGGCGAGGGCGGGGUCCCACUCCGGCCCCCCGAGGGGGCGGAGGCAGCAAGUACAGCAGCUCCUCCAUCAGUUCAGUGCUCAAGGACCCGGACAGCAACCCCUACAGCCUGCUAGAGAACACGGAGACCGACCAGGCGGGCGACACCGACGGCAGCGAGUCACAGCCCAUCAGCAACCGGCGCCGCCGCUCCCGCCGCCGCCGCACCGACGACGACGCCACCAUGAUGGACGGCGCUGCCGAGUCCGACAUGUCCGUCAACGAGAACGGCGUGGAGGACGAAUCGAAGCCUCAGAGACGCAACCGGAGCCGUCGCCGCCGUAACCGUGGCAACCGCAUGGACGGCUCCAUCAGCCGGGACCGGCAGCCAGUGACCGUGGCUGAUUACAUCUCCCGGGCCGAGUCCCAGAGCCGCCAGCGGCCCCUGCAGAAGGAGCCCCGGGAAAAAUCCACCGAAGACGACACACCGAGACAAAAGGCAGAGCCAGCCGGCAAGGUGGCCAACGGCCCGUCGGAGAACGGCGAGGAGCCGGCCGCCAUGGUGAACGGGCUGUCGUAAGCGCUGCGCCGGGAGAGCCGCGCCCACUGCUUCCUGCCUAACCGACCCUACUCCGCCCUGCUUGCGUCAUGGUUAAACACGCCCACCGACCUCUCGUUAACGAACCAUUUAUUCAACGAUCGAUAAUUCCUGUAGUGCUUGUCGGAAGCUUGCCAAAGAUAGCCAAGCUCUUACGGCUCGUUAGGCGCCGACCAAUCAAGAGACAGGCAACCGGAUUCUUGCUGGGGCAAGGGGCGCGGCUCCCGCCCCCCUCCCCUCCCGGAAAGGGGCCUCGACAGUAAAAAAACAAAUUAAUUAUCUCUUAAUUGUGUGUCCGUUUUUGACGACUCCGUUUGAGCCAGGAACCGCAAUCCGGCCGCGGGUUGAAACCGGAGCGAGGAUUUUUUUGUGCCUUCUGAACGCGCGUCGCUUCCCUUCCUUUUUUUCGGUUGUUUUCCCUUCCGCCUAGUUCGCUCGCGCAACGAUUUUGGUAAAGAUGGAGCGGGGGGGCGGCUGCCGCGCCCUUUAUUCCCCCCCUUAAAAAAAACAAAUCGGAAGGUACCACGGGGUGGGGAGCGUGGGGGGAAUUUUUGUUUCUAGGCAAUACAAACACAGCAGGUAUUUUUCUUUUUUGGUACACUGUGGCAGACCGAGGCGGGGGGCGGAGAGGGUAGAGCUGCAUGGCCCCCCCACCAGUGUCGCUUUGCCAGGAAGGGGGGGGGCAAAAUCGAGCUGUGACGGUUGAGACGUUAUUUAUUUUUCACUGUACAGUAUUUAAAAGAGAAUAAAGAACCAAACUCGUA